UUAAAAAUGAUAUGAAGAGCCUCGCUUGAAUGAACCACUUCUUCCUACUUCCUCAAGGGUUAAAACCGUCCAAAUCAUAACUUGAAAUUCAACGGAUAAUGUAAUUAUUACUGGGAUUUACUUCAAUACAAAUCAUCGGAUGACAAAUGUACACAAUAUUUCCGAGCACAAAAACUGUGAAGCAGCCUAACAAGUCUGCGGCGUCGUUUAAAUUUCAGACCAAAUGAAGCCAGGAAGAUGGAAGCUAGCACUGGCCUUGGCGGUAAUUGCCUUACAUUCCUCCGUCGCAGUUGCCGAGUUGCGGCGGCGACUAAGAUUUGAUGCGAAGAAUGGAGAGUUUCGGAUACUUCAGGUGGCGGACAUGCACUUUGCGGGCGGCGAAGUCACUCCUUGCCAGGACGUUCUGCCGCAGCAGGUGCCGUACUGCUCUGAUCUCAACACCACCGCAUUCAUCCGCCGCAUGAUUCUUGCCGAAAAGCCCCACCUCAUCGUUUUCAUAGGUACCCAUUUUUAUUUACUCUUUCUCCGCGACCCGUCCGUGGGUCUACCGGAAUUUCAAGAAAAUCAAAAUCCGGCUCGACGGCUAACGAGGUUACCCCAGUCAAACGACGUCGGUUGUGCUGCCGGGCAGCUGGUAUAGUACUAAUACUGAUUAAUGCCCCUCCACCUGUACUUAAUAAGCCAAUAUUUAUUGGCGAAUUAGGUAAAGUUUGUAUCUUUUUACCGUUCAUAGAGCAGUUGUGGUUUUGGGCAUAGAAUCUAAUACAUAUUUUCUUGCAUAAUACAAUUAUUGCAAUUUGAGUGGAUCUUUUGCGGCCAACAAAACAUGAAUAGAUUCUAUCCACACAAAAAUAGUUGAUGUUCAUAUAGGUAUUCAUCGUAUCUAAAACAUCCCCAUCUCAAUAUUUUUCAUUCAAUAAGCCAAGAUUCAUUGUCAAUUUGAUGAUUCUUUCUUUACUGUCUUUGAAGGGGAUAACAUAUUUGGAUUUGAUGCCGCUGAUGCUGCAAAAUCUAUGAAUGCUGCAUUUGCCCCUGCUAUAUCUUCAAACACUCCCUGGGCAGCAAUCUUGGGUAACCAUGAUCAAGAAUCUACACUUUCAAGAGAAGGAGUGAUGAAACACAUUGUUGGCAUGAAGAACACUUUAUCUCAGUUGAAUCCCACUGAGCUUCAUGAUGAUAUUAUUGAUGGUUUUGGAAAUUAUAAUCUGGAGGUUCAUGGGGUUAAUGGCUCCGAACUGGCUAAUAAAUCAGUUCUUAAUUUGUUCUUCCUUGAUAGCGGGGAUUAUUCUAAUGUCCCUUCUAUCCCUGGUUAUAAUUGGAUUAAGCCUUCACAACAAGUUUGGUUCCAACGUGCUUCUCGUAAGCUUCAGAGGGCUUAUAAGAGCGGUCCUGCUGCUCAGAAGACUUCUGCACCAAGCCUAGUAUAUUUUCAUAUCCCAUUGCCUGAAUUUGCAACGUUUGACUCGACAAACUUCACUGGCCUCAAACAGGAAGGCAUUAGUUCUGCUUCUGUAAAUUCUGGGUUCUUCACAACAAUGGUGGAGACUGGAGAUGUGAAGGCAGUUUUCACUGGGCAUGAUCACAUCAAUGAUUUCUGUGGUGAGUUACUGGGGAUUAAUCUGUGCUAUGCUGGUGGGUUUGGGUAUCAUGCAUACGGAAAAGCUGGAUGGGCAAGGAGGGCAAGAAUGGUAGUAGCAACUUUGGAAAAGACCGAGAAAGGAGUAUGGGGAGAUGUGAAAUCUAUCAAGACUUGGAAGCGUUUGGAUGAUAAAAAUCUUUCAGCAAUUGAUGGUCGGGUGCUUUGGAGCAAAACCUCUGCUGGUGCCCGUAGAAAGAAAACUGGUCACAUGAGAGUGUAAAUGCAUAAACAUUUGAUUCUAUUUGUAGAAAGAAACGACGUGCAAAUGGCAUAGACGACUACGUACUUGAUUCGACACACAUAUAUAUAGUAACACGGAAUUAAAGCAAAGUUUAGAUGUAAUGGAGUUGUAGUGUUUGCACAAAACUUGAUUGAAUAAAGACUUGCCAUUAUAAUUCAUAUGUGAAGACCUUGGGGAUUUUUUGUGUGGAAAGAAUAAUGAUUUCUCCAUGUUACAAAUUUUUGUCAUUAAGUUUGCAAGUUAAAAGCUUAUGAGUGGCAUAGAUCACAAAUACGG